AUGGCUGAUCCCAACCAGGGCGCGCCUCUGUGCCGUCCUCUCGUCCCCGACAACAACCAACAACACAACCCCGAACACCCCCAUACCGCUGAUCACGCUGAUAAUGAUCACAACAACACCGAUACCUCCUUGGAGAAACAAGACGAUGUUGAAGGAGAUCCCAACUGGGAAGACGAGGAUGAUGACGCCUCUUUCCGCACUGGAGCCAACGACGAGUCGUUUGAGGAGUCGGUUGUGGACACGUCCACCCCCUCCAAGAAGCGCCAUACCCUCAACAAACAACCUCCUCAAGGAGAGUCACUCCUCUUCGACACGUCGAAGGAGACCCCUUCAGUGUUCGCCAAACGUGUCAAGCGCGGCAUAAAGUUUAUCCCCAAGGUCAGCUCGCCCUUGAAUCCCAGCGCGAACAACCCUGCUGACCCUAGUCCCAACACGGUCCGCAGAUACGUGCCCCCUCAUAAGUGGCAUACCACUAACGAGGUUGCCCAUCGCCGCAUUCGUCUGAGCCAUGGCGGUCUCGAUCGUAUCUCUGAUGUUCGCCGCGACAGCAGCACCACUCAGAACUUCCAGGUGCGCCGCAUCUCUAUCAGCGCCCGGGAGCUGAACGACAAGAUGGUUAAUUUGGCAGCCAAGUCCCCACCCCCCUCAGUUGCCCACCUGAUGGGUGAGAACCAGCAACCCCGACAGGACUUGGCUGGCAACCUUGCCCUUUACAUGGACAACCUUCACCCGUUGGUGGAGGUGCGCCACUACGCGUUGAAGGCAAACGAGAUCAUUGCGGACGGCACCAACCGUGCCGACCUUAUCAGCGGUGACAACAAAGAUAACAAAGGCAACCGCGAGUUUCUGACCCUGCUGGACGAAGACCCUGAGGCCAUGUGGGGAGAGAUCACCACCAUAACCUACGCGUUGGAAGCCUUUGUCGGUAUCGUUAAGGAUGUGGCGCACGCGCUUCGCCAUACCUGCGAGACUAUGGUCAAAAUGGACGAGUGGGUUAUGUAUUUCGCCCAGAAGGCCAAAGAUUACCAGGUCAACGUGGACAAUCGCUCGGGUGCUGGUGACGACGAGUUGGAACUGACCAAUCAACUGAUCAAUCUGAAGCAAAAGUUGACGACAGCCGACGCGGACAGAGACGAUUUGAGCAAGAAAGUGCAAGAUCUUCAAGCCAAAAACAACGACCACCGUCGCGAGUACACUGAGCAAAGCAAAAAGACCGACAAAGCCAUCGACAUGAUCACCAAGGCGACCGAGACAGCAAUAUUGGCUGUGGAAGCUCGUACCCGCAACCAGAUAGAGGAUGUCAAGAAGGACCACAUCGAGGACCUUAAGGUCAUUCAGGAACAACACGUUCUCAAGGUCUCCCAUUUGCAGGCCCAGAUUGACAGCCUUAGACGCCUGUUGGAUGUCGCCAACAUGGGAGAAAAGGAGCUGGAUACUACCGAGCCCACUAAGCAUUCCAAAACCGCUAAGUCCAAGCAGGAGGAAAAAGUCACGUUUCACGAGUUUAUCGAGCGCUCCCCUAGCAUCAUCCCUUUGACUAACGUUACUCACCACAAGAACGGCAAGACCCCCGACCGCCGCUCGUCAAAGACUCCCAGCGAGGACCAUCGCCGACCCCCGUCGAAACCUGCCUCUUAUCACUUCGGUGCUGGUAGUGGCGACCCAGAUGGCGAUGAUGACGAUGAAGACCCAACCGAUGAUGACGACGACCGCGACCCCCCUCGUGACCCGCAUCGCAUCCCUCGUGAUGACGAUCGUAGCCGUCGCGACAAGAGCAGCACCCCCUUCAGCGCUGUCUCUUUCAAAGGCAGUCGUCGUCGUGUCAAGACAGCUAAGGUGGAUGUCCCUACUUUCUCUAGCAGCAAUGAUGACAAGCUCGAAUUCGAUAUGUGGUACUUUCAGAUGACCAACCGUCUUCGCACAAAUGCUGAUCACUUCGCUGAUGACGAAGCUGCCUUUGGAGAAGUUGUCUCCAGGCUCUCUGGACAAGCGUCAAGAAAUAUCUACCCCUUCAUUCGUCCUGAUGCUGGCAAGUCACGCAUUGACACUGUCGAGGAUCUGAUGAACCAUCUGUGGCUGAGCUACCACGACUUCAACGCUGACGAAAAGGCCCGCGGAGAGUACGAGAACUUGAAGUCUGAACUCCGCCGCAAGAUCACUACCCGGCUUCGCAACUGCGCUGAAGCCAGCUACCGCACUAACUGCACUUAUGACGCCUGUAUCAAACUUCUUCAAGGCCUUGAUGAAAGCUUUCAUACGGAUCAACCUGAUGACAAGGGCAAGAAGGCAUUCGCUGGCAAGGCCCUCGGUGAUUUCAAGAGGCCAUCCAAGGACGCCACUUUUGGUCCCUCUCGCAACCGCUUGCCGGGAUCCUCGUUUCUUUACAAGAAACCCUCUGAGGAGGAGACCCGCAAGCUACAACAGGAGGGAAAGUGCUUCAUUUGCCGCGAACCUGGUUACCUGUCCUCGCCGCGAGAAACUCUUCAAAGCGCACGAUGCCAAGAUCCAUGCCAUGCGCGCCCAGCUCCCUGA